AUGAUUUUAGUUUGUUUGUUUGAACAAAGAAAUAAGAUUUAUAUAAAUAUCACCCUCAAAUUAUCAAAAACUUUGAAAAUUAAAAAGCUUUGCGUAAAAUUAAGAUAAAAAUAUCUAAAGUACACAUAAAUAUUAAUCUAUCAUAAACUUUAAGAAAGGUAGAGAAUAUGUACUCUUUUGAUAAAUAUAGACAAAAUCAAUAAUUUAUAAUUAUUUGAGAUAUAUAUCAGAAAUAUUUGGGCAAAAAUCCAGCAGAAAUAGAAAGAAAGAAACAUAAACAAAAUAGAAAAUUCACGAAUUUAUUUUAGUAGUUACUAAAGAAAGAAAAACGGAGGGAUGAUUAAUUUUUGA